GGGACCGGGGCGAGCUGCGGAAGGGGAGGGGGCUGGCGGCGAUUGGCUGCGGCGGCGGCGGCGGCAGCGCCUCUCCGAGCCCGGAGCGGCGGCAGCGCGGAGCGGACCCGCCUGCGACCAGCGAGGCGAGGCGGCUGCAGCGGGUUUUAAAACCGUGAAAUCAUGGCUCAUUCGAAGACGAGAGCCAAUGAUGGAAAAAUCACAUAUCCUCCAGGAGUCAAAGAAAUAUCUGAUAAAAUAUCUAAAGAAGAGAUGGUGAGAAGGUUAAAGAUGGUUGUGAAAACUUUCAUGGAUAUGGACCAGGACUCUGAAGAAGAAAAGGAGCUCUACCUAAAUCUUGCUUUACAUCUUGCUUCAGAUUUUUUCCUCAAACAUCCUGAUAAGGAUGUACGUUUGUUGGUAGCAUGUUGUCUUGCUGAUAUUUUCAGAAUUUAUGCCCCUGAAGCUCCAUACACUUCACCGGAUAAACUGAAGGAUAUAUUUAUGUUCAUAACAAGGCAACUUAAAGGUUUAGAAGAUACAAAAAGCCCCCAGUUUAAUCGAUACUUUUAUUUGCUUGAGAACAUUGCUUGGGUCAAGUCUUAUAACAUAUGUUUUGAAUUAGAAGACAGCAAUGAGAUUUUUACACAGCUGUAUAGAACACUGUUUUCAGUAAUAAACAACGGUCAUAACCAAAAAGUACAUAUGCACAUGGUUGAUCUAAUGAGCUCUAUCAUUUGUGAGGGAGAUACUGUGUCACAGGAACUCUUGGAUACAGUGUUAGUUAAUCUAGUGCCAGCACAUAAGAAUUUAAACAAGCAAGCCUAUGAUUUGGCAAAAGCUUUACUAAAGAGGACAGCGCAAGCAAUUGAACCAUACAUUACCAAUUUCUUCAAUCAAGUUCUUAUGCUUGGUAAAACAUCAAUUAGUGACCUGUCAGAGCAUGUAUUUGAUUUGAUUCUGGAGUUAUACAAUAUUGACAGUCACCUCUUGCUUUCUGUACUACCACAGCUCGAAUUCAAACUUAAGAGCAAUGACAACGAAGAACGUCUGCAGGUUGUAAAACUUCUUGCAAAAAUGUUUGGGGCGAAGGAUUCGGAGUUGGCAUCUCAAAACAAACCACUUUGGCAGUGCUAUCUGGGGAGGUUUAAUGAUAUCCAUGUACCUAUUCGCCUUGAGUGUGUCAAAUUUGCAAGUCACUGCCUUAUGAACCACCCUGAUCUGGCAAAGGACUUAACAGAAUAUCUGAAAGUAAGAUCACAUGAUCCUGAGGAAGCCAUACGGCAUGAUGUUAUAGUAUCCAUAGUUACUGCUGCUAAAAAAGAUCUUUUGCUUGUCAAUGAUCACCUGCUAAAUUUUGUCAGAGAAAGGACACUGGACAAGCGGUGGAGAGUGAGGAAGGAAGCUAUGAUGGGACUUGCACAGAUAUACAAGAAAUACUCAUUGCAAUCAGAGGCAGGAAAAGAAGCUGCAAAACAAAUAUCAUGGAUCAAAGAUAAACUUCUGCAUAUAUAUUAUCAAAACAGUAUUGAUGACAGGUUACUUGUUGAACGCAUUUUUGCUCAGUACAUGGUCCCUCAUAACUUGGAAACAAAUGAACGAAUGAAGUGUUUGUAUUACCUUUACGCAACACUGGAUUCAAAUGCUGUGAAAGCAUUGAAUGAAAUGUGGAAAUGUCAAAAUCUGCUACGACAUCAAGUAAAGGAUUUAGUUGACCUAAUAAAGCAACCCAAAACAGAUGCCAGCAGUAAAGCUAUAUUUUCAAAAGUGAUGGUUAUAACACGAAACCUUCCUGAUCCAGGGAAAGCUCAAGAUUUCAUGAAAAAGUUCACACAAGUUCUAGAAGAUGAUGAAAAAAUAAGAAGUCAGUUAGAAAUGCUUGUUAGCCCAACAUGUUCUUGCAAACAGGCUGAAGGAUGUGUGAGGGAAAUAACAAAGAAGUUGGGCAAUCCAAAGCAACCAACAAAUCCUUUCCUGGAAAUGAUAAAGUUUCUUCUUGAGAGAAUUGCUCCUGUGCAUAUUGAUACCGAAUCCAUCAGUGCCCUUAUCAAGCAAGUGAACAAGUCUAUAGAUGGAACAGCUGAUGAUGAAGAUGAGGGUGUACCUACUGACCAGGCAAUCAGAGCAGGUCUUGAAUUGCUGAAGGUACUUUCGUUUACACACCCUAUCUCAUUUCAUUCAGCUGAAACUUUUGAAUCUCUCCUGGCUUGCUUGAAAAUGGAUGAUGAAAAAGUGGCAGAAGCUGCAUUACAAAUUUUCAAAAAUACAGGAAGUAAAAUUGAAGAAGACUUUCCUCACAUACGAUCUGCUUUGCUUCCAGUGUUGCAUCAUAAAGCUAAAAAGGGACCCCCUCGUCAAGCCAAGUAUGCUAUUCACUGCAUCCAUGCAAUAUUUUCCAGCAAAGAAACACAGUUUGCGCAGAUAUUUGAGCCGCUGCAUAAAAGUCUGGAUCCAAGCAAUUUUGAGCACCUCAUUACGCCAUUGGUUACUAUUGGCCAUAUAGCCAUGCUUGCACCUGACCAAUUUGCUGCUCCCUUGAAAUCUUUGGUUGCUACUUUUAUUGUUAAAGAUUUGCUAAUGAAUGAUAGGCUUCCGGGAAAGAAGACAACAAAACUUUGGGUCCCAGAUGAAGAGGUGUCUCCUGAAACCCUUGUUAAAAUUCAGGCCAUCAAGAUGAUGGUUCGAUGGUUGCUAGGAAUGAAGAACAACCACAGCAAGUCAGGUACUUCUACGCUGAGAUUGCUAACAACAAUAUUACACAGUGAUGGAGAUUUAACAGAGCAGGGGAAAAUAAGUAAACCUGACAUGUCUCGCUUGAGGCUGGCUGCAGGGAAUGCUAUUGUGAAGUUGGCACAAGAACCUUGUUACCACGAAAUCAUCACCUUAGAACAAUAUCAGCUGUGUGCACUAGCCAUAAAUGAUGAAUGUUACCAAGUGAGACAAAUAUUUGCUCAGAAACUUCACAAAGGCCUUUCUAGACUACGGCUGCCACUAGAAUAUAUGGCUAUUUGUGCACUGUGUGCAAAAGAUCCCGUGAAAGAGAGAAGAGCUCACGCUAGACAGUGCCUUGUGAAGAACAUAAAUGUCAGAAGGGAAUAUCUGAAGCAACAUGCAGCAGUUAGUGAGAAACUGUUGUCACUUCUACCAGAGUAUGUUGUUCCUUAUACUAUCCAUCUUCUAGCUCAUGACCCAGAUUAUGUAAAAGUCCAGGACAUUGAACAACUCAAGGACAUUAAAGAAUGCCUGUGGUUCAUACUGGAAAUAUUAAUGGCUAAAAAUGAAAACAACAGUCAUGCCUUUAUCAGAAAAAUGGUAGAAAAUAUCAAACAGACUAAGGAUGCUCAAGGACCAGAUGAUCAAAAAAUGAAUGAAAAACUAUAUACAGUCUGUGAUGUAGCAAUGAAUAUCAUUAUGUCAAAGAGUACAACAUACAGUUUGGAAUCCCCUAAAGACCCUGUACUUCCAGCCAGAUAUUUUACUCAACCUGACAAGAAUUUCAGUAACACAAAAAAUUAUCUUCCUCCAGAAAUGAAGUCUUUUUUCACACCUGGAAAGCCCAAAGCAGCCAAUGUUCUUGGAGCAGUUAAUAAGCCUCUUUCGUCAGCAGGCAAGCAGUCUCAAUCCAAAUCUUCACGAAUGGAAACUGUAAGCAAUGCCAGCAGCAGUUCAAAUCCAAGCUCUCCGGGAAGGAUCAAAGGGAGGCUUGACAGUACUGAAAUGGACCAUAGUGAAAAUGAAGAAUUCACACUGACUUCACCCUUACCAGGAAAGAAAACUGACAAAAGGGACGACUCUGAUCUUGUAAGGUCAGAGAUGGAGAAGCCUAGAGGAAGGAAGAAAGCCACUAUCACAGAUUCAGAAGAAAAGCUAAGCAUAGAUGACCUGAAUAAACUGGGUCAAGAGCAGAAGCUUAGAGGUAGUCAACGGGGAAGGAAGAGACCUGCAGUUGUAUCAGAAGCUGAUGAAACACAAUGGCAAGAGGAAAAAAGGCUAAAAGAAGAUGUGAUAGAAAGUGAGGAUGAACAGAACAGUCCACCAAAGAAAGGGAGAAGAGGACGCCCUACCAGAACAAAUAAUGGGGCAACACCAAAGGAAGAACCAGUGGCAAAGUCAUCAAAAAGGAGCAAAAAAAAACAACCACCAGCAGCCGCAGUGGAAGAGGAGGAGGAGGAGGAAGAAAGGCAAACUGAAAACAUUGAGCAAAAACCAAAAGGCAGGCAAAAUAGGACAUCAAAAAGAACACAGCAGAGAGCAGAACCAUCUGAAACUAGUACAGUCGAAUCAGCACAGUCUACGCCACAGAAAAGACGAGGAAGGUCAUCACAAACACCACCAGCACAGCAAAAAAAGUCCGUGCGGGGCGUUCUAAACAAGCAGCCAGUAAAGAAAAUGAAUCCAGUGAAGAGAUGGACGUGUUUCAGAGUGGUUCACCUGUCAGUGAUGAUAUUCCCCAGGAAGAAGUAAUGGAAGAAGAAGAAGUUUCCACAAUCAGUGUCCGUCGCAGAACUUCCAAAAGGGAAAGACGAUGAGUGAGCAUGUAGUUACCAACCUUCCAGGUGAAAGCUUUGAAGAAUGCUUUUAAUGUAAAGCUUGAGACUGAAUGAAGCUGUUAGUGCACAAAUGGGGUUGCUGAAGAAAAGACAAAACCUAUUUUACUGCCCCUGCAUUUGCCGUCUCUAGGUCACAAGCUUUAGCCACACACAUGUUGAUAUCAUUAACUGUGGAUUUUUGUGAAGUGUAAUGUGCACUGGCUUUGUAGACAUACGAACUAAAGAAGAAAACUGUAAAUAGUUCUUUUUUAAAUGUUUCUGACUUAUAAAGUGCUUGUAUAGCUUUUAUCUGCGGCUUUAAACUGACAGUAUCCCACUGUUUAUUGGAUCGAUUGAUUUAAAAAAAGAACAGAGUUUGUUGAAAAUUGAUCUCAAGCAAUAUCUGUCAGUGUUCGUAUUUGUACUCUUGUUGACAUUUAACUGUGAAAAACAAGUCAGUUGAACAAAUAGUGCCACUAUUUGUCAAGGAGAAGAAGAAGAAGAAAAAUAGUCUUUGUUUCCUUCAUGAAUAUAACCUAGUGUUUACCUUCAGGCACCUACCUAUCAUGAGAGGUGCUAAAUUACUUUCUUUUACAGUUGAACAAUAUUGGAUAGAAUAAUACAAGAGAUGCAAAUUUUGAAAGAAGUUUUGUUUUACACCUCAGUAUUGAUGCCAGACUUUUCUGGACUUGUAGUGGCAUUGAUAAUUCAAAAAGGAUUUAAAAUAUUUUAAUUUUAAAAGUGUGUUAUUAAAUAAUGUACUGAGUACCCUUCCCAUUUUAUCUUCUCCUAUCAGUUUUUAUUAAUCUACUGUAUCAAUAAAAUUCUGUAACUGAGUUUUUAAUAGUCUAGUAUGUUAAUGUGUAUAGAUAUUUCCUUCUGAACGUGAUGUUCACAAAGAGCAAAUUAUUACUACAUUAUAAUAUGAAAUCUGAUAUAUAAACAUUAGUGAAAAUACAGUUCUUAUUACAAUGUAAAGUUAAUCACAAAGAGAAAUUUUAUUGAUGCAGUGUGUCUUUAUAAAGCUGUUCUUGAGAGCCAAGUGUUUUGUAUUUUAUAGUGAAGUUGCAUGUUUAUGAAAAAUGUGCUGAAAAUGGGAUGUAAUGUUUUUUUUGAAACUCGUCUCUAGCAGUAGUAUAUGGUAGGUUGCCUCAUGAGAGAUCCCUUUAUUGAGAGUUUAUUGUACCUUUCUGUUUUGUUUUUGUUUUUUGAGCCAAUUUUUUUUGGUAUGAAGAGCUAAGUUUUUUGUUGAAUAACCAGCUGUCAAUUACGGUCAAAGCAUUCAAGAUUUGAAUGAAGCUCCAUUUUUAUUCUGUGCUACAAUACAGAGAGGUUGGUUUGUGUUGGUUUUGGUUUUUUUUUUUUUUUGUGUUUUUUGUUUUGUUUUGGGGUUUUUGUGGGGUUUUUUUUUAGCUGUAAUCUGCAAAAAAAAAAAGCCAACAAAAGAAACAAAAUACAUAGAGCAGUAUCCUGUAUACAGUUUAACAGUUUACAAACUGUCUUUGAACCAAAAUAUAUAAAUUACUCUACUCUGCUUAGCCAAGCACACAUCAUAAUUUCAGGUGCUGUUCUCCCUCUGGUUCCUUACAGUUGACAACACAUGAAAAAUAAAUUUCUAACCUAAGAAAAUUUUAUUUCAUUGAAUAAUGAAACGUUUUCACAUAAUCCAUCAAUAAAUAAAUUAUUGUUGCAAGGUUGUCUGUGAAGAUUAUAGAAAAAGAUAAUACUAAACCACAAAUUCACCAAUUUCCAAACUGUAAGAUCACUAAUAAAACAAGCAACCCUUUAGAAUUUUUUCAUUAUUCAUUUUUUUUUUGGUACCACUAGGAAGAAGUAUUAUAAAUAUUUAGAUUAUUCUGCCUCAUCUUAACUUUUCCCCUCUUCCAGUAUUCAGCUUUUCAACAUUUAUACCUAUAGAUAUGGGGGAAAUGCUGACUAGAAAGGCAAUUAUGGUUGAUGUGAAUUGACUUUGAAAUAGUUGGCACAAUGGAACUGGCUUACUUAUGCUUCAGCAGUGCAAAUGCAAGUUGUUGAGGAUUUUUUUCUGGUAUAAAAUGAUUGAAAGAUAGCUUUGUAUUUUCCUCUUUGACAGAAUUGCACUGAAAACAUUUAUGGAAGAUGUACCUUUAAGUCAAUUUUAUACAAAAAUAUGAAAAAGUAAUGCUGAAACUGCUGCAGACUCUUGAGGCUUUAUGUGCAUAAACAUGGUUAGGUUAAACUUCAUGGCAUAUUGAUGCACCAUUACUGAUCAUAAUGUUUAUUGUAAAUUUAAACUAUAGUUUUGCAAUUUAAAUGUUGAUUUCUUGGGUAAUAAUGCGUAAAUCAUUAUUUCUUGAGAAAUAGGCACAGCAAAUAUGUCGUUCUUAUAUUCAAACCUCUUCUAAGUUCAUUCUCAUCUCAUAUAAAGAAAAUGAAUAUUUUAUGUACUAACAUUUUGAGAUCUGCAUACAGUAGCGACAGUAGAUUAUAAUUAUGUAUAAAAGAUAAAUUGCUAACAUUCAGUUAGCAUGUUCUUCUGCAAUGAUAAUGUUAAGUUUAUAAAAAUGUACUGUAUUACAUUAAAAGAUCAAAUUGAACUCACUGUAACAAGUUCCAGUAUGACAUUUUUGUGAGAUUACCAAAGUAUCUUGCUGUACUUUGCAGCAAAUAAAGCCUUUGUUACAUUUCCUUUUUUUGCUGCAGUGCAACAGGAAACUUUCAGUGAUCUGUAGUUCAUGUGCAAAAUCUAAACAGGAAUUGUAAUCUUCAUACUAGUAUUUAAAAAUAUUUCACUGAUUCCAGAAGCAUGGUGGUUUUUUACGUGUCACAGACUGCGAUACUGAGUAUUCAGGGCUAGCUAACCCACUAAUAGGAAGGAAACAUGAAAGUGUUUGGAAGUUCUUCUGUGACUAUACCUGUUCCACCUCAGAUAAUCAGAAUCCUCUAUUAGCUAUACUUAACUCUGCCAGUUGACUUUAUUUUCUAGAAAAAUUUGAACACUUUUUCAAAUAUUUUGACACUUGCUAUUUUGACAUUUGGGUCUCUGUGAACAAAAAUAUUAGUUUACUAAAAGAUACUAAUAUUAAAGACAUUUUAACCAAAAA